ACGCCCACGAGGGGGCCUACCCGGAGGAAACCAGGAUGGCCGCAGCCUUGGCAGAAAAGGCCACACUGAAUCUGAGGAUACUCCCCCUGCUGUUGCUGCUCUCCGCGCGGCUCGCCCAGGCCUUCCCGGUCCCCGGGGCAUCCCCCAAAGAGAAGAACACGCGAAUCGUUCAGGAUUACCUAGAAAAGUUCUACCAGUUACCGCCGAAAGGAUUCCGGUCUGCGAGGCAGAACAGCUCUAGUGUGAUUGUUGAGAAGCUGAAAGAGAUGCAGCGGUUCUUCGGGUUGAACGAGACGGGGAAGCCGGAUCGCGAGACGCUGGAGAUGAUGCAGAAGCCUCGCUGCGGGGUGCCGGACAGUGGAGACUUCAUGUUAACCCCGGGAAACCCCAAGUGGAAACAAACUAAUCUGACCUACAGGAUUAUUAAGUACACGACACAGUUGUCAGAGACCGAUGUGGAAGCUGCUAUUAAGGAAGCCUUUCAAGUGUGGAGCGACGUGUCAACCCUGACCUUCACCAAGAUCUCUCAGGGAGAAGCAGACAUCGAGAUCACCUUUGUCCAAGGAGAUCAUGGCGACAAUUCUCCAUUCGAUGGACCCAAUGGGAUCCUCGCUCAUGCCUUUCAGCCGGGCCAAGGUAUUGGAGGAGACGCUCACUUCGAUGCAGAAGAAACAUGGACCACAACUUCCAGCAAUUACAAUUUGUUUCUUGUUGCCGCCCAUGAAUUUGGCCACUCCUUGGGGCUCGCUCACUCCACUGACCCCGGUGCCUUGAUGUAUCCCAACUACGCUUUCCACGACCCCAGCACCUACAACCUCCCUCAAGAUGACAUCAACGGGAUUCAGACCAUCUACGGUCCUUCAAACAACCCUGUCCAACCAACCGGACCGACCACACCCACAGCCUGUGACCCCAGACUGACGUUUGACGCCAUCGCUACCCUCCGUGGAGAAAUACUGUUCUUUAAAGACAAGUACUUCUGGAGGAGACACCCUCAGCUGGGAAUGGUCGAACUCAACUUCAUCUCUCUGUUCUGGCCGUCCCUGCCCGAUGGUAUACAGGCGGCCUAUGAGGAAGCCGACAAGGACCUCGUUUUCCUAUUUAAAGGCUGCCAGUACUGGGCUCUGAGGGGCUAUGACAUUGAGCAAGGUUAUCCCAGGGUCAUCUUAGACUACGGCUUCCCAAGCAGUGUCCAAGCGAUUGAUGCAGCUGUUUACUACAGGAGAAAAACCUACUUCUUUGUAAAGGACCAGAUCUGGAGAUAUGAUAACCAAAGACAAUCCAUGGAACCAGGUUAUCCCAAAAGCAUAGCAAGUCUCUUUCCAGGAAUAGGAAGCAAAAUUGAUGCAGUUUUCCAGCAGAACCAUGUCUUCCUUUUCUUCAGUGGACAGAUAUAUUAUACAUUUGAUCUUGGUGCUCACAGGGUUACUAGGGUCCGUAGAAGCAAUCGAUGGCUCAACUGCAGAUAA